CGAGUCUCGCGAAGUAGUCGGUGCGUCGAGUGCGUUCGUUGGUUGAUCGGACGCGUGUCGACGCGCGUCGUGACGGUGUGUGUCCGCAACCACCCGAUCGUUCCCUACGAAAAAGUUCUCACACAUCAUCUCGCCCCGUCCCGUCUGAUCGCACUCGAACACGCGUUUCGAUCUCCGCUCUACAAUGUUCUGGGAAGGUGUCACGGACUCCUGCGAAGUGUGCCAAUGCACAAGGCUCUUCAAAGAUGCCUUCAAGUUCAAGAACACGCCGGAGAGCUCGGUGAAAUCUGGGCCGAAAGCGAGACGACUUCUUGGCACGGCGUUCCGACAUUUGCCGAGAACGGAACCGGUCUCGCCAUCUGCCGAGAAGGAGAAUAACAGUUCUGGCUGCAGCCCGCGCGGGAAUAGCCCACAGAAGAUGCCCGGCCUCGGUAAAAGAUGCCGCUACCCGCUGGAAGAUUGCGACCCGAACAGCCAAGACAGCGGGUACGAGGCGAGUUACCUAGAAAAGGAAGAAAAGUCUCGAGAAGUAUUUCGAUUUUUGGAACCAAUGGCCGUCGCCCCGCGGCGAACGUCGAUCGAAUGUCGCAGUCCGGUAGAAUCUCCGGUGCGAUCGUCGCCGCAACGGAUACGCGCGGUGCGAUCCUCCCUCUUCCGCACCGUCUCCUCCGGCUACGAGAGCAUGGACGACGGUUUCAACGAUCUGAUCGACGCCGAGCCUCUCGAGGACGCGAGCCGUCAUUCGCUACCUGAAGACAUUUCCUCUCUACUUUGCGGCGACAUCAUCAUGGGCAUCGGUGACCCGCUCUCCGACUCUCCGUCCGCGGCGAAGAUGGAAUCGAACAGCCCGAGCACGCCGGAGUUCCCGCGCACGAAUCGCACCGACAACUUCAGACGUUCGAUCUCUCUGCAAACCGAAAAGCCGGAAACGCGAAAGAAUUCCUCCCUCUCGAAGGUGCGCUCCUGCCUGUUCCGCUCGCCGAACGCAGCCUCGUCGACGACCGAGCUCACCUGCGACUCGCACCGAUCGGCAGCCGCGUGCUCGACCUACUCCAUCGCGAGUCCCAUCGCGGCGACGACGACCUCGACGAUGAUGGUCACAGUGCCCGCGGCGCACCGACGGCGAAUCGACUACGCCGACGAGAACACGAGCAUCGGCGACUUCGAGUCCUCCCCGACCGUCAGGACGUUCAAGAGACCGGACCCACCGAUCGACGAUAGCCCGAAACUAGUCAAAAAGUCGCGGACGUCCGGCAGCAGCAUCUUCGACGCGAUAAGACACUGUCGCUCGAUCGACGCUUCGCCGUCCGGCGCGCGGUUCGGCGGCAUCCCCUUCCAGAGGAGCUUGUCCGACGCGUCGGCGACGAUCACGGUGAUAGAGCCGGUGGCGACGAAGGCCGACGACAAGAUCGAGAUCGAGACCGCCGCUGAAACUGAGACUGAGAACCACGCGCUCAUCGAAUCCGCGAUUCACCGCAGCACCACCGACAACGAUCUCACCGGCGACUUCAGCAAGCCCUGCGUCCUACCGUUGGCCGUCGGCCACCACGAGGAUCUGAAGUCGAUCUCGACGGAGACGCUGGCCGCCCUGAUCCGCGGGGACUUCAACGAUCGCAUCGGCUCCUUCACGAUCGUCGACUGCCGUUAUCCCUACGAAUUCGAUGCGGGCCACAUUCAAGGGGCUCUCAACCUGUACAGCAAGGACCUGAUCGAGCGGAGUCUACUGGAGCCCCUGACGAACGCGCCCAAGAUUCAGCCGGACACCAACAAGAGGAACAUCCUGGUGUUCCACUGUGAAUUCUCGUGGGAACGCGGCCCGAAUUUGUCGCGGUUCCUGCGGAGUCUGGACCGGCGACGGAACAAGGAACAUUAUCCUGCCCUUCAUUACCCGGAAGUGUAUCUGUUGCACGGUGGCUACGAGCAAUUCUACCGCGAACACAAGGGACUGUGCCUGCCGCAAGGCUACCGGCCGAUGAGACACCCGGACCACGAGGCGGACCUCAAGCAAUUUCGUAGCAAAAGUAAGAGCUGGCACGGCGAGAAAUCUAGGAUCACCGGUUUCACGACGCGGACCAAUCUGAGGCGCUUAGGCUUCUGAACGCGUGUCCGAAAUUCUCUCUUCACCGGCCAACAUUUUUCGUUCCUCUUUUCGAGUACAAUUUCUUUGUUUCCACUUGGGACUGAACCGAACCGAACCGUUGCACGACCAGAAGAUUGUACUAAAAAGCAAGCACCACCACCGGAUCAUUAUCUUGAAGUACUUUUCCUCCUAUCGUCACAUGUACAUAGCUUGUCUCGCAUUUAAUACGCUUACAUUACUUAGUGAAUUUUAGUACAAGGAAACGGAAAACGCUUAUAUUUCCAUCGACGAGUAACACGAAUGAAUACUGUGCGGCGUACGGGAGAAGAACUCGCGUCGUUGCGAAUCUGGCGCGCGUCGAUGCUCUCGCGCGGACUUGGACGUAUGCGUGAUAUGCGUGAAUACCAAUGGGAACGAUGGAACGCUCAAACUAGAUCGCCAAAGGACAAGGGCGGGUCCGUCGAAUAUUUGGCAAUAUUUGCGGCGGGCUCGCCAUCUUUGUGUAUUCAACUUCUAAUUUCUGGUCAGACCUUGCGAUCUCGUCGUCGUCGUCACGUUCCUUACGUGAAUCCUGUCGCGCGCGCGCAUUACUCGCUUUAUCUGUUGUGUAAUGCACUCGGCGGUUCAAGACAAUUGUUGUAUAGCCAAAGUUCAGCGUGUUCGCGCACGCCUAGAAAAAAAAAUAUUUUUUUAUUAUGUAUUUCUAUGGUACAACACGCGCUAAAAUCUUUUAUGAUCAGAGAUUUAAAUUGUUCUUUUUACGUGCAAAUUUCAUUUAGUUACAUGUACGUGUGUGUUGAAGGAAUGAACGAAUGCGAAUGAACGUAUGAACGGACGGGUCGGAUGGUCGCGGACGGAUGAAGAAGCGAGGGGAGACGGGCAACUUUAGGUUUACCAAUCUCUGCAACGCCCAUUCUACAACCACCCUACAACCAUCCCUUACAGAAGAAUCGACGAAUGAAACGACACGAACGGGAACCACGUCGAGCGCGGCGCUGUGAACCGACCAUAGAGUAUUACGUCGCGAGAGGAAGCUCCGUUCCUUCGACGAAACUGUUUGCCAUGAAACGAUCGAACCACGGUUAAAUCGUCGAGCCAUUU